AUGAAUUUCAUAGCUAUAAAUGAUACGAUGAUAUUAGCUGAAUCGGAGAAUGAGAAUAUGUCAUCGGUGUGGGAAUACGAGGAUUUUGUGCUUGAACAUUAUAAGCAACACUUAAUCGAACCAAUAAAGUAUCUCUUAUCAGCUAACAGUGAUUUGGAUUCAAUGUUGAGAAAUGUUGUGAUUGAAACGAAUAACACUAUCGAUGGUUUCACGAAAUAUCGAUCAAUGAUUAAAGCAUGCACCGGUACCAACGUACUUUGUUAUCAGUUCCAAUUCAAAUGGCUGUUAUCAAUAUUUAAUGAACGAGGAAGAGAUGUUCACCUCAUUACGACAAUAAUCGACCUAAACAUUGUGGGUAGAAAAAAUUUACGAAUUUUUAUCGAUGAUAUCGAGCCAGCAAGGCUAAGUUAUGCGACUUUUGAUCUGAGCAAACAAAUGGCAAAAUGGUUAAAGGAUAAAACAGAUGAAACUAUAAUCCGACUACGCUGUAACAACCGAUGCCCAAAAUCGAUACGUCCAAUCCUAUUGAUAAAAGCAAAAAUACAGCAAAACCCUCGCCGAAAACGUAAAACUCGAAGGGAUGAAAAUUGUUCAAAUCGAAAGUGCUGCCUCAAAACGCGAUAUUUUCAAUUCCGAAAUAGCAAUUUAGAACACAUAACAGCACCGGAUGGAUUUCUGAUCAAUUUUUGUGAUGGGAUCUGUGAUCAGACGCUUCUUCCCGCUACAAACGAUCGCAAUGCUUUAGUACAAGCAAUAAAAAUUUCAAAUGUACCUUUUAAUCCAUUCAAAAACAAGUGGGUAUGCUGUGUACCGAUUAAAUUUACAUCUAUCAAUGUCGCUGAGCAGUACGAUAAUGGCAUGGAGCGAUCCAUUCCUUUAAAAAAUGUCAAAGUUGAAGAAUGUGGUUGUGUGAUAUGA